UUCCCCUCUUUGCGUACUGAUAGCGAAUCUUUAAGCACAUAGAAAAGUUCUGCGUGUGCAUUAAAAUUUAUUGAAACCAAGGGUGGCGCGCUUGCGUCGAAUGUGUGCCCUGUCUUUCAGUCGGCAGUGUGCACCGAAGCUGCGAUCAUGUACGAUCGAUCAGCUAACGGUAUCAGCGAGCAGCUGAACACCAAUUACAAGAAUGACAUACAUUACACCCUGCAGAUGUGCCAGUGGCUGUUAAAGCCGCUCGGAAUAUGGCCGGUCAUUUACAAGCGCACUAGUCAAUUGGAGAAACUGAUCGCGUUUAUUUUAUUUUCCAUGUGCUUCUUCACUCUCCUGUUCAUUAUCGUGCCAUGCUGCAAUUUUAUCUUUUCCAGCGAGAAUAGUAUACACGUGAAAGUGAAACUGCUCGGCCCGGUCAGCUUCUCCAUGACCUCCGCGAUGAAGUAUUGCUAUUUUGGACUAAAGGGACAGUUUUUUGAACGGUGCAUCGAGCAUGUCGAGAGAGACUGGAAGACAGUGCAGGACCCCAACCACCGAGGGAUUAUGUUAAAGUAUGUGACGAUCAGCAGGAAUAUGAUCAUCGUCUGCGCUAUAUUCCUGUACACGGGCGGAAUGUCGCAUCACACGGUGGAGCAGUUCUUGUCGAAAGAGAGGAGCAAGAGUAACAACACAGUGAGACCAUUGGCUUAUCCCGGAUACGAUGCCUUCUUCGACGUACAGUCGAGUCCUACAUACGAAAUCGUUUUCUUUCUUCAUUGCUCCGCCGCGAUGGUAACGCAUACUGUCGCGACCGGCGCCUACAGUUUGGCAGCGAUCUUCGUUACUCAUAUCUGCGGUCAGAUUCAGAUAAACAUAACGAGAUUGCAGGAAUUGGUCAAGAAAGUGGAGAACAAUGAUGUUACACCCGACCCCUUGGCGAUUAUCAUUCAUGAUCACGUCGAAAUUAUCAAAUUUGCGAGAAACGUUGAAGAAGCUUUGCGCGAGAUAUGUCUCAUUCAAAUCAUCGAAUCGACGGUGAACAUGUGCAUGCUCGAAUACUAUUGUUUGUCGGAAUGGCGGAACAGCGACGCGGUCGCUAUAGUGACUUAUUCCACUUUGUUGAUCUCUUUCACUUUCAAUAUAUUCAUAUUUUGCUACAUAGGCGAAGUUCUCUUCGAACAGUGCACGCGAAUUGGUGUGGCUUCCUACGAGAUCGAAUGGUACAAUCUGCCAGCUAAGAGAGCUCACGAUCUUAUUCUACUCAAUGUCAUAUCGCAAAACCCGCCGAUACUUACAGCCGGGAAAAUAAUCGAAUUAUCUUUAACAACCUUCAGCACCGUAGUGAAGACAUCGGUAGUUUACUUCAAUCUGCUUCGAACGUUUACGGAGUAAAACAUAUUUUCGCCCAUGCUAUUAAAUUGCAGAAUGAUAUAAUAUUUUUUACAAAUUUUUUC